AUGGAGACGACGAAGAAGCCGAGCAACAAGAUCGCAGAUAUCGUCAGGCUCCAGCGCAUGCUGAAGAAAUGGAAGAAGGCAGCGGACUCUCACAAGGGCAGCGGCGACAAGAAGAGAAAUGGCGUCCCCAAGGGCUUCCUCUCCGUCAGCGUGGGAGAGGAGAUGAGGAGAUUCGUGAUACCCACGGCUCACCUGGGCCACAGGGCCUUCCUCUCUCUUCUCAAGGAGGCCGAGGAGGAGUUCGGCUUCCAGCACGAAGGCGUGCUGAGGAUACCCUGCGCGGCGUCCUUGUUUGAGAGCAUCCUAGAGGUCGUCGAGAAAGAGAAAAAGAAGAAGAGAAAGGGCAAGGAAGUGUACGGCAGCUGCUCCGCAGAGGCUGACGUGAUGGACCGCUUCCGUCGACAAACGCAGAAGCCCAUCUGUGGCUGA